AUGAUUUCUAAUAAUAUAUUAAUAAAUAAUACAAUUAAUAAAAUCAAUCAUAUCAAUAUAACAAAAAAUAAAUUAUCAUCGUCAGAUUUAUCUCCACAUGUUGAAGAAUCAUUUGAUUUAACAUGGAAUGAUAUUUUAUAUGAUGGUGGAUUAGGUACAUGGUUACCACGAUCAUCUUUUCGUUGGUUAACAAUAUCAGUUUGUACAAUAGGUAUUAUUGGUAAUAUAUUAGCGGUUUGUACAUUACUUCGUCGACGAAUGCGUACUCUAUCAACUUAUGCUUAUUUAACAGCAUUAUGUUUAUCUAAUAGCGUGACGUUAUUAUCAGUAAUUAUAUUCGAAUUAGAAAUAUUUUUUGCUCCAAAUCGUUUCAACUGUAUACUUGUUUCAUUAGCAAAAUCACUUGCAUCAAGCACAUUUGCUCUAUCGACUUGGAUUACAGUUGGUUUUACUGUUGAUCGGUAUAUCAUGAUUUGUUUUCCAUUUACCGGUGAAAAAUUAUGUACACGUCGUAAUACUUUAUUUGUAUUAAUUCUAUGUCUUUCUUUGGCAUUAGCAUAUUUAAUGCCACAAAUAUUAGCAAAUUCAUGUCAUGCUAUGCCCAAUGGAAAUUCAUAUAAUAAAACAAAUGAUCAUGUAAAUUUAUCAAUCGAUCAUAGUAACUAUUAUUAUUCAAAUAAAACUGAAUCAUUUUCAACUACAUUUUGGGUAUCGGGUUUAAGUGAAAUAGGUAAAUCAUUAGCAUAUCGUUUAACAAUAACAUUAUUUGUUAAUUGUUUCCUUGUACGUAUAAUACCAUUUCUUGUUGUACUUAAAUUAAAUUUACAUCUUAUACGUACACUUUCAACGACUAAACGACGUCAUCGACAAAUAAAUCCUUAUGAACAAAAACGUAAUGAUGUAACCCAUAUGCUUGUUGUUGUGAUUUCGAUUUAUCUUGUUUGUAUCAUGCCGUCCAUACCAUUUGCUGCGUUUUUUGCUUAUGAUCCAGAUAAAUAUGUUGAUAUAUCAUAUCAUUAUCGAACAUUUCAACAUUUAGAUGAAUUUGGUAAAUUUUUAAUGAUAUUUAAUUCUGCAUCACAAUGCUAUUUAUAUAUAUUUUUUGGUAAACGAUUUCGACGUGAAUUAGCACGUCUCGUAUGUUGUUUUUGUACAAAAUAUUUUUACAUGCCCAUACCACAAAAUAAUACAAAUAGUGAUCGUGAUACAUUUUUACAAGAUUUUGGUAAUAAUGAUACAUAUGAGCUUGUACUUAGUGGUAAAUGGUCACUUGAUCAACGACAAGAUUCUCUAGCUGGAAUAGAGUUUAGUUUUCAUCAUCCAAGACGAUGGAGUCGUUUAACAUCAUCAUCAGCAACAACAACACAUUCGGAUUCAGAUUUUCGUGAUAAUCGAUUGAAUUUUGGUAUAUUAAAAUCUUUUAAAACUCGUGUUGAACAAUUAUUUGUUCGUUUUAAAUAA